AUGCCACCAGCCGCUCGUGAUCCUGAAGCCAUGGAGCCCGAUUCUCCCGAUGUGGUGUUCAAACCACUGGAGGAACGCCCAGCCAAAAAGGCAAAGAAAGAAGAAGACAAGAGCAUUCCUGAGCCCGAAGUCUCCGAGAAUAGUCACAUCACCUUGACAUCGCACCCGGAUGCCUUUGGCGUCAAUCCUGUCCCUAUUUCAUGGGGCCAUCCAGAUCCUCAGGUUCGAGCACCAGUGAUUUGUACGGUACGCCAUGCUGCACAGAGAAAUGCUAUUGGAGCCCAUCAGGGGAGCUAUUGCAUUUAUACCGGCCUGGCUGUGGCUGCCGGAAAACUCAAUCCGGAUUAUGUGCCAAAUCUCAAGUUGACCAGUCCCGUGAUGAAGAUUGGACCAUACCCAUCGUGGUCAGAUCCCAAAAAGAUUGGCUCGAUCGACCCAUACGGUCACAUGACAACCGAAUAUUAUGGUGACUGGCUCAAGAAGGGAUGGGAUAUUCGACCCACCAUUGCAGUCACUAAGGCUCAUAUUGAUUUGCCAGAAUGCCGUGAAGCUAUUGCAGCAGGUAGACUCAAACCUGAUGGCAAAAUUCUCAUGCCCUCGGGACAAUCCAUCGUUUCCAAGGCUGCUAUUGAACCCGUCUGGUAUUUGCCUGAAAUUGCUCGUCGAUUCGAAACCACUGAAUCCAAUUUGCGUCAAUCCAUCUUUCGAAUGACCAAUGGCAUGUACCCUGAGCUCAUCACUCGCCCGGAUAUUAAGAUUUUCCUCCCUCCCAUUGGUGGCCUUACUGUGUACAUUUGGGGAGAUCCGGACACCAUUCCUGACGAAGAUAUUGAGCUCACGUGCCGUGUCCAUGACGAAUGUAACGGAAGUGACGUUUUUGGCAGUGACAUCUGUACCUGUCGGCCAUACUUGACGCAUGCCAUUGAGGAAUGCAUCAGAACUGCCCAAAAGGGAGGCUGUGGAGUCUUCAUCUACUACCGAAAGGAGGGACGAUCAUUGGGUGAGGUCACCAAAUACCUCGUCUACAAUACACGCAAACGCCAAGAGGGCGGCGAUUCUGCAGAGCGAUACUUUUCGUGUACGGAACAAGUGGCAGGAGUGCAAGACACCAGAUUCCAGGCGCUCAUGCCUGAUCCCUUGCAUUUCAUUGGAGUCACCAAGAUUCACAACUUCAUCUCCAUGUCCGACAUGAAAUACAACGCAAUCAUCAACACUGGAAUCAAAAUCGUCAAUCGGAUCGAAAUCCCCCAGGAGCUGGUCCCGGCGGAUGCACAGGUCGAAAUCACAGCGAAAGUGUUUCAUGGUUACAAUGCUGGCAAGGCCUACCAAGGAAUUGAUGCCGCAGAGCUCAAGAAGACCAAGGGCCGAGAAUACGAUUAUGACGAAAAGGAGAAGGAGUAA